CAACUGUGAGCAAAGGUCAUAUAGCCGUACGAGGGGAGGACAAAAUGAAGAAGAGCAGUCUGAUGCUCAGCUCACACAGGUCCAGCUUCUCUAGGACCGGUAGAAGUUCCGUCUCUGCCGGGGGCAGAACCGGGAUCCACCCGGAGAGGAGCACCGAUCAGGUCCCCAGAGAAGCAGUCCGGGUGUUGGACGAUGACGGCGAUGACGUCACUCCCUGGCCGCUCUCCCGUGCAGAGCCAGGACACGUGACGUCAAAACCAGGCAGAAGCUUCCUGGAUGAAAUCUUCACCAGCUCAGGAUCAGAGCACCUGAAGUCGGGCUCAAGCUUCAUCGGGCCCUCUUUCAGCUCAUCUAUGGGCAGCAGCCGACCUUCUACCGCAACGUCACUAACUAAAGGCACUGAAGAUAGUCUGAUCAAACUGGACAUACCAAUAAACCCUCCAGUGCCGUGUAAAAGAGACAAUGUGAAGCAACAUGUGACAGAAGAGAUGUUGAAUGAGGUAGUAGGCAUCUGCCUCUCUGAAACAGAUACCAUUUCACUGCUGGACAUGCCCCCCACCUUUAUGUCAGAGGAUGCUGAUGAUUCAGAAGCUAUUAAAGAGAGCAACGUUCAAUAUGCUGAGCUUUGUAAGAACAGAUUGGGCAACGAGAAGUAUGUGGAACGAUCAAUGCAGACUCUCAAUGGAUCACCCAAAAACAAGCAGACCCAGACUGACAAGAUUGUCGCGGUAGAUGAAGAGACGAGUGCUUCUGUCUCGGACAUAUAUGACUCUCUCCAAAAUAAUACCCCUGAAAGUGGUGAUAAGGCUGUCUAUGCAGAGACUUCCAUGAACACCAGCAAAGGUCAAGAAAAUAGUGGACAACAGAGCAGCAACUGCAGCGCAGUUGGCAGCACCAUUAGCUCACAGGUAGAAACGGAAAUCCAUGGGAAUAAUUUAAAUACUGAUUACGACGCGGAGCUGAUCAUGUCGUCAGAGGCAUUUAAAUACAGCUUGUUAGUGAUGGAGAGGAGCAUCGUGGCAAACAACUUUCAAACCGAGCUGGCUGCUUACAGACAGCUGCCCUCACUGGAAGACCCUGGCAGCACAGUGAAGCCCAGGACUAAAGAGCAGAGUGAGGAAAGUGAGGAGAGCUCUUCAUCUCCAACACUGGAACCUCUCUUGGCUUUCAGCUGCAAGCUCACCAGAGGACGCAACAUUACCAGCAUGGCCUGGAACAAGAGGAACCCGGAUAUCCUGGCAGUGAGCUACAGUGACUAUGACUCCAGGAACCAGAAACCAAGUCUGAUCUGCUGCUGGUGCUUCAAAAAUCCUACGUGGCCGGAGCGUGUCUUCUACUGUUCUAGUUGUGUCAUAUCCCUGGAUUUCUCAGCCAACAACCCCGGCCAGCUGGCUGUUGGGGCGCAGGAUGGAACUGUGGCCAUCUAUGAUGUCAGUCAGUGCAACGUCACAUGUAUCGCCAACAACAGCAAUUGUUUCAAAAGGCACCUGCAUCCAGUGUGGCAGGUCAACUGGACCAAACAAGGGAUUAAAAUAUCAGGGAAGGACAGGGUAGAAGCUCUCAUCUCUGUGUCGGCAGACGGCAGGAUUUGCAAGUGGUUCCUCUGCAGCGAUGGUCUUGACUGCAUAGACCUGAUGAUGCUAAAGCAGCCUCCAAAUCGUAAGAAGAAAGCUGCAGCAAAAAAGAAGACAGAACAGGUUCUGCCAGUCGCGGGGACUCCUGGUCUUUGGGUUGACUUCCAUCCAACAGAAUCCAGUAUCUAUGUGGUCGGCACAUGGGGGGGGACCAUCUACAAGUGCUCCAUCUCCAACAGUCAGAAUGUUCUUGAAACUUAUGAAAAACACUUUCGCCCUGUGAACCGCAUUGAAUGGUCUCCGUUUAGUUCUGAUGUGUUCCUGAGCUGCUCCUCUGACUGGACCAUCCAGCUGUGGAGGAAGGACCUCUUCACCCCGGUGUUGAGCUUCACAUCCACCCGGAGGGCCGUGCAUGCCGUCAAGUGGUCCCCAAACUGGUCCACGGUAUUUGCAGCACAUAAUGGUCAGCAGGUGGAGAUCUGGGACCUGAAUUCAAGCAUCCUGCAACCAAUCAUUGUGCACCACGCUGCAGCUGGUGUGAAGGUGACGUCCCUGCUGUUUACAACAGGGACAGACUGUGUCCUGGUAGGGGACAGCAACGGGCAAGUGACUGUCUACCAGAUCAAGAACCUCAUUCUAGGAGAAGACAAGCAGGUGGAGAGUUUGGAAGACAUCGUUAACCAUGCAGCUUCCAGGUAGUUUUUGAAACAGCAACU